CUGAAAUCCUCAUACUGAAAUAAUCAAAGCUAAGGAUUGAAGACUAAUCAUUAUACUUGAUGAUACUUCAGAUGAAAUGGCAGAAGCUGUGUUAUAUGCCAUCAUCCUGGGAGCCAUCUCAGUAGCGACUGGUCAGCAAGUGGAUGUGGAGCCAGAGGUGUUUUCGUAUCCUGGCCAAACAGUCAACCUACGCUGUGCCUUCACUGAUGCCACUGGGAUUCAGCUCUCACAGGUCACAUGGACCUACGAGUCAAAGGAAGGGAACAGGAUCAACAUCGCUGUGUUUCAGCCCAACUUGGAUCCCCACUACCCCGACUCACCUGUGAAGGGCAGGGUCAGCUUCUCACCCAGUCCCCCAAACCUGGACAGCUCUUCCAUCCAGAUUAGUGAUGUUAGGAUGACUGAUGAGGGGAACUACAUCUGCUCAAUUUCUACCUUCCCAGCUGGCACCAUGCAGGGCACCACCUCUCUGGUCAUACUGGAGCGAGUCUCCAAAGUAACAGUAACUGCCAGCAGCACAGACCUGGUGGAGUUCAGCUCUGUCAGUCUGUUCUGCUCCUCCUCUGGAUCCUCCCUCUCUUUCCUCUGGCUGAACGGCAGCUCUGAGGUUACAGCCAGUGACAGAGUUCAGCUCACUGAUGGAAACACCACUCUCACUAUAGUCAGUGUGACCCGCUAUGACCAGGGACCAUUCAGGUGUCAUGUGUUCAAUGCAGUCAGUAAUGGCACCAGUGCUCCAGUAAACUUCUCCAUCAGCUUCGGCCCAGAAAAUAUCAAUUUAACAAAAUCCCCGUCACAGGAUUACUAUGUGGAAGGGUCAGGCAUCAGCCUGAUGUGCUCAGCUGUCUCCAGACCCGCUGCACUGUUUAACUGGUUCCUGAAUAGAGUCCCGCUGUCUGAUACUGGACGAGAGCUCAGACUUAUGAACAUUAAGGAGGAUCAGAGUGGGAACUACAGUUGUCAGGCCUUUAACAACAAAACUAUGAGAAAUGAAACAUGUCAACCUUCUGUCAUCUCUGUCCUAAAGCGAGUCUCCAAUGUAACAGUAACUGCCAGCAGCACAGACCCGGUGGAGUUCAGCUCUGUCAGUCUGUUCUGCUCCUCCUCUGGAUCCUCCCUCUCUUUCCUCUGGCUGAACGGCAGCUCUGAGGUUACAGCCAGUGACAGAGUUCAGCUCACUGAUGGAAACCCCACUCUCACUAUAGUCAGUGUGACCCGCUAUGACCAGGGACCAUUCAGGUGUCAUGUGUUCAAUCCCUUCAGUAAUGGCACCAGUGCUCCAGUAAACCUCUCCAUCAGCUUCGGCCCAGAAAAUAUGAAUUUAACAAAAUCCCCGUCACAGGAUUACUAUGUGGAAGGGACAAACAUCAGCCUGAUGUGCUCAGCUGUCUCCAGACCCGCUGCACUGUUUAACUGGUUCCUGAAUAGAGUCUCGCUGUCUGAUACUGGACGAGAGCUCAGACUUAUAAACAUUAAGGAGGAUCAGAGUGGGAACUACAGUUGUCAGGCCUUUAACAACAAAACUAUGAGAAAUGAAACAUCUCAACCUUCCGUCAUCUCUGUCCUAAAGCCAGUAGUGAAUGCCUCUGUCACAUCAUCAACAAACCAGCCAGUUGAGGGAAACACUUUCAACUUAACCUGUGAGGCUGCUGGCUCGGUCUUUGCCAGAAAGUGGAUGAAGGAUGGUGCAGAUCUGAUCCAGACUGAAAACAUGAUAUUUUACAAUGAGAACCGAGUGCUGUCUUUUCAGUUGCUAGAGAAAACAGACAAUGGAAAUUAUUCCUGUAACAUCAGCAACCCUCUCAGCAGUGUUGCAGCUGAAUACAUCAUGGUUGUUAACUGGAAACAUGGAUGUCUUUCAGCUGGUGCCAUUGCUGCCAUAGUAAUAACCAUAUGUUUCAUAGCUGCUGGUGGAGCUGCUGGAGGGUACUAUAUCUACAAAAACAAAAAUAAGAAAGAUCCCCCGCCACAUAACACAGCAGGUCUUUGCCAUGGAGCUGGUGUAGUCACUGUUGACUACCUUCGUGGAGCAGAGGGAGAGAGUGUGACCUUCACAACAUCUGUAAAACCGGCAGCUGAACCAUUUCUGGCACUGACUUGGAGCUUCAACGGUACCACCAACGUAAUAACCUCCACCAGUGCAGACGUAGUGGGACAAGGCUAUGAGAACAGGAUCACUCUGGAUAAAGCUACUGGGUCUCUGGUGCUGAGAAAUCUGACAGAGAAAGACAGCGGAGAAUAUGAAUUAAUCAUCAUCCCUCAGGGAGCAGAGCAGCUGCAAGGAACCGCUAAGCUGGAGGUGCUGACCAAAGUGUCGCGACCCACCAUAGCCUGCCCCACAGAGAAUUUAAUUGAAGGUAAAACCUCUGUGAAGCUAACCUGUGAUGCUGACGGCUCCCCAUCUACCAGAGUGUGGAUGAAAGACGGUAUACCUCUGGUUUCUGGGGACAGAUUCAGCUUCCAUGAUGGAAACAGAGUGCUGUUCAUCAACUCCGUCAACCGUACAGACACCGGAGAGUUCCUUUGUAACGUCAGCAAUGAUUUCAGUUUUGAAACAGCCAAAUGCAGCCUUAAGGUCUAUUACGGACCUGACAGACCAACAAUCGUUCAGACGCCAGUGGGAGCAGAACUUGAGGAGAGUGUCACCCUCAGCUGCUCUGCUGAUUCACUGCCAAGGGCAACUUUCUUCUGGAAGUUCAGACACAUGAAGUUUUACGGGCCUUUUCACUAUAUCCCUGAGAUGGAAGAGAAACACCAGGGGAUGUACACCUGCACUGCCCGUAAUGCUAUCACUGGUCUGGAAGCCUCUGAGAUGCACAUACUGCGUGGUAUUUGAGCUCUCUUUCUCUCUUCCAUAUGUCUUUUAUCUGUUUGUAGUGAUGUGUAUAAACAGAGAAGACAGAGUAAUGUUUUUUUCUUCUGAUUCAGACUCCUGUACUACCGUCAGUGUUUCAAUGUCCAUGAUGGUUUGCACUGUCCUGACCUCGGUGGGACUCAUUUUGGUCUAAAGACUGCAUUUUGUCUUUCUCUUUUAUGUUCACAUAAAGUAAUCCUAUGAAUGAUAGAUGACAAACCAGAGGUCCUUUGCAUUUGCUUUUGUCCCUGCAGUAUCUUUACCAUGUUCUUCAUUAAGAUACAGCUGUAACAUUCAUGACUUUUUAUUCUAUAUUGAAACAAAUAAAGUUUCCCUAAUUGCUACAAUGGCAUCUCUCAAUAAAGAGAACAAGUACAAUUAGUGCCCAGUGACUGUGGUCUCAUAGCUAUUAACAGAUUCAGCUUUAAUAAAUCAAUCUUGACACUACUUGACCUUUCAGGUGUUGUAUAAUGGACCUGACAUGCUUUGUUCUUGUGUCAUUCAACCUUCACAAGUAUGAUAAAGUGUUUAAUGUUCUUUAACACUGACUGAAGCCUGAUAACGUCUUAUCAUAUUG